UUCGAGGGGAGUUCAGCGCCGGGAGGGUGCGCGCAGCUUUAGCCUGCGACUGCUGUCAUGACGACCCAGGGGGGCCUGGUGGCCAACCGAGGCCGGCGGUUCAAGUGGGCCAUUGAGCUGAGCGGACCUGGAGGAGGCAGCAGGGGCCGCAGUGACCGGGGCAGUGGACAGGGAGACUCACUCUAUCCUGUCGGUUAUUUGGACAAGCAGGUGCCUGAUAGCAGCGUGCAAGAGACAGACCGGAUCCUGGUGGAGAAGCGCUGCUGGGACAUCGCCCUGGGUCCCCUCAAACAGAUUCCUAUGAACCUCUUCAUAAUGUACAUGGCAGGCAAUACCAUCUCCAUCUUCCCUACUAUGAUGGUGUGUAUGAUGGCCUGGCGACCCAUCCAAGCACUGAUGGCCAUUUCAGCCACUUUCAAGAUGCUGGAGAGUUCAAGUCAGAAAUUCCUUCAAGGAUUGGUCUAUCUCAUUGGAAACCUGAUGGGUUUGGCAUUGGCUGUUUACAAGUGCCAGUCCAUGGGACUGUUGCCUACACACGCAUCAGAUUGGCUAGCCUUUAUUGAGCCCCCUGAGAGAAUGGAGUUCAGUGGUGGAGGAUUACUUUUGUGAACCCAGUAAGCACCCGGUGUCCAUGUGUAUAGGCCUCGUUUGCAUGGGCCUCGUUUGCACUCUGCUUAAGCUCACAGCUCCUAAGUGUGCUCACUUAGAAUAAUCACGCAUGUUGAGAAGAACCAAAAAGUCUGCAGUUCUUUCAUGGUGAGAGACAGAUUCUACGAGGACAAUGUGCAGCGUGUUACAGCAGAAAAGAAACUAUAGCACAACUUGUGACUGAAAAUAAUGUAGAAAACUUUAUUUAUGUUCUCAGCACAGAGCAAAACAGACAAAACCAGACUAUGUAAACAAAAGAAUAGCAGCCGCUGAGUAGCAGCAUCUCCUUUCAAUAAAUUAAACGGUUGAGAACAAUGCUUUAAAAGUUUCUCAAGUU